AUGAACAGGCAGCCUUUCGUUCGAAUUCUAUACAGGUGUGCCGGUGCUAUUAUUGGACCUCGUGGAAUCGCUAUUGGAGUGGGCAGAUCGCAAGUGCAUUCGGCCAAAAGGGACAUGGAGCUGGCGGCGACAAAGAAGGCGCUCGUGGUCAGGAGCAGACGGAUCAAUUGGGGAGGAUAUUCCCUCCAAGAAUCGUACGUUGUCUUGGCCGACAAUGUUGUUUCGGGUGUAAGCGCGAUGGCUUAUGCCGACCGCACCGAGCUUCCGCCUACUGUCGUCUCCCGACAGCGUCAUAGAACCUCAAUAGGGCGCGAGAGAGAGGCUACCGCGCCCAUGAACCAGUCGUCGACGUUCUCGGUCAGAGCAAACGAUAUGGGUCGACGACGCGGGUGGGACGUGGGAGGGUUCAUCAGGCAUCGCUCGAUCGCUCAGGCCUCGUCGUGUAUAAUGUGGAAAGGCAUUUCGAGCGGUCGCGCGCAGGUGGCUGAUUCGAUGCCAUCAAGCCUUAUCACGGGAGGUGGUGUUGUCGCAUCGCGAUUCACGUCUUCAGAGACUGUUGUUGACGAACUGCCAAUGGCCGAUAUGAGUGCUUCAGGAGCAAAAGCCCCGCUGCAGGCUCUCACGUCAGACGCGGCUAAAACGAACGACGUCAUCGUCGAUCGCCAAGGUUUGCAUCACGAUCUCAAAUUCGCCUGCAGAAUCGUCACUCAUUUUGCGCCUCCAUCACCAACCGCUCUCCUCCCAUUUUACCUCAUCUCACCACACCAACGACAAAUCAACCGCACAAAUAAUUCGAUGGAUUUUUCCUGCCGCGUCCAAAUUAACAACGAAUCCUCAGAGGAUCUCCUCCUCGAAGACUCCGGCCUCGAGAGCGGAAACUGGCCAUUACGCCAGCCCCUCAAUGUGAUCGAAGCUGGUACUCAACAGACCAUCUACCUCGCGCAACCGAGCUGGGGAGGUUCAAAAGCAUGGGUCACGUAUGAAGCGAGAUACGGCCAGGGCUGGAGGAAUUUCACGCUCGAGUUUGAGUGUCCUGCUAUGCCGCUCUCCAAGAACCAUGUCAAGGUCAAGGAUUGCUCCAGGGUCUUUGAGAUUGAUGUUACGGAUGUUCAGGAGCGGGGGAGUCCUUUGACUGCGAAUGUAACGAUUCGCAUGGAUUCGAAAAAGUCUAUAACCACCAAGAACGAUGAUUUCCGUGCAAACUACGACAUUGGUGUCGGUGUCUCGUUCCCGACAAAAAUGGACAUUAAAUUCCCCGUCCACGAAAGCAUCGUCGUAGCAGCCUUUAUCGAAUCCGACAUGACAUUCCCCCGCGGAACAGUCUACAACAACAUCAACGACAAACAAUGGGAAUUCUUCCGCGGCGUAGUCUGGAACGACGAUCCCUCCUGUCUACUCUUCGAAGACGUCACCGAAGAUAAUCGCAUGUUUGGCUUAGGUGUCGAGUGGUUAAACGCCUUCAAGUUCGGCGAUGAGAAAUGCAUGAUCAAGCGAUCGCAUAUGGGAGAUCUCCAGUUCUUCCACGGUAUGGGCUCAGUGAUGGGUGAGAAACCGCAGAAGACGCGCAAGAACAUUCUUACGUGGAUGGAGGUCAUGUACAAGCUUGCAUGCGGCGAUCAAGGCAUUUCCGAAGACGACACUCUCGAUAACGUUCUACCCGGCUUCUUUACCAAAGACACCAUCCCCUCGAAAUCUGACACCCUCCGCGAUCUCAUCCUCGCCACAACACCGAAAUACAAAGACGCCAACAUCCGCAAACGCGCUUUCGGUAUUUGUCUCCAUAUGAUAUCCGACUCGUACGCCCUAGGCCACACGCAGCGCCGCCUGCGCAACCCGUCCGAUCUGAUUGAGCGCGACACCGCGGGAUAUAUCCGCUUCAAGCCUGACACCUACGGUGACUGGGGUUCUAUUCUCUGCUUCCACACAUACAACGACCAAGACGGUGAUCGUCAUGCUCACUACGAUGAUAAAGACGGUGAACAGGAUCCUGCGCCGAGGGAUGUCACGACGUUUAAUGAGAUGAUUGGCGCGAGGAAUGCUAUUAUGGGCUGCACAGAGAUGAUCAAUUUGUUUAUCAAGAAGACGCCUUGGCAGGAGGGUGUGAAGAAGUUUUUGGAGGAUGAGAUUUUUGUGCUGGACAGGGAUGCUAAGCCUUCUGAUCAUUUCACUGAUGAGAGUGUUGUUUCGUAUGUCUAUGCGCAGAGGGACGAGGAGAUUGAGUAUCGGGCGGGUUUGGAGAAGAAGCUUGCUUCUUUAGAGGAGGGUGGUUUGACUACGAAGAAGAAGUGCGAUGGACGAUCAAGGGUUGUUUCGGCGCUUGCGAUGCUUUGUCUUUUCAUCAGCGCAAUUUUCUUUACGUUCUUUACGAUGAGGAUUCACGGAUUCAUGUAUUAG